AGGGGCAGGCAGCACGCAGCGCUGACGGCAGGGCAUCAGCCCAGCAGCGGUCCCUGAGGUGAGUGCUGCUGUCCAGCCGGCCGGCACGGGAGCUCAGAGAGGAGGGCCUGGGAUCCUAAGGGAACGGCAGAGCUGGCCCACGAGCCAGGGCCACCAGAGGGCUGGAUGAGUGAGCGCCAGGUGUUCGAAGCCUCUGAGUUUGCCUUCCUCCUGGAAAACUGUAGCUCUUCCUAUGACUACGGAGAAAACGAGAGUGACUCCUGCUGCGCCUCCCCGCCCUGCCCGCAGGACUUCAGCCUGAACUUCGACCGCACCUUCCUGCCGGCGCUGUACAGCCUCCUCUUUGUGUUGGGGCUGCUGGGCAAUGGCGCGGUGGCGGCCGUGCUGCUGAGCCAGCGGGCAGCCCUGAGCAGCACCGACACCUUCCUGCUCCACCUGGCUGUGGCCGACGCGCUGCUGGUGCUGACCCUGCCCCUCUGGGCGGUGGACGCGUCCGUCCAGUGGGUCUUCGGAUCUGGCCUUUGCAAAGUGGCCGGUGCCCUCUUCAACAUCAACUUCUACGCGGGGGCCCUCCUGCUGGCCUGCAUCAGCUUUGACCGCUACCUGAGCAUCGUGCACGCCACCCAGCUGUACCGCCGGGGGCCCGGGGUCCGGGUGACCCUCACCUGUGUGGUUGUCUGGGGGCUCUGUCUGUUCUUUGCCAUCCCGGACUUCAUCUUCCUGUCGGCCAGCCGUGACGAGCGCCUCAAUGCCACCCACUGUCAGUACAACUUCCCGCAGGUGGGCCGCACGGCUCUGCGGGUACUGCAGCUGGUGGCUGGUUUCCUGCUGCCCUUGCUGGUCAUGGCCUACUGCUAUGCCCGCAUCCUGGCUGUGCUGCUGGUCUCCAGGGGCCAGCGGCGGCUGCGGGCCAUGCGGCUAGUCGUGGUGGUGGUGGUGGCCUUCGCCCUCUGCUGGACCCCCUACCACCUGGUGGUGCUGGUGGACACCCUCAUGGACUUGGAGGCCUUGUCCCGCAACUGUGGCCGAGAGAGCCGUGUGGACGUGGCCAAGUCGAUCACCUCAGGCCUGGGCUACAUGCACUGCUGCCUCAACCCACUGCUCUACGCCUUCGUGGGGGUCAAGUUCCGAGAGCGUAUGUGGGUGUUACUUAUGCGCCUGGGCUGCCCCGACCUGAGGGGGCAACAGCGGCAGCCAUCAUCUUUCCGCCGGGAGUCAUCCUGGUCUGAGACCACAGAGGCCUCCUACUCCGGCUUGUGAAGCUGGGGGGCGGGGGGGUUGGUUCUCCUUUCGCCACGCAGCCUGACUGCCCCCAUGUUCCACAGGCUCUUCCAGGCUCCUCCCUCCCUCUGCCCUUAGCCUCACUCCCCACACACACUCCCAGGAUUCCCUAGAGGCAACCCCCUGGCUCUGGGGGCUACGCCGCUGCUGCUCCUUAGCUGCCAAGCCCCAUUGCCACUUCAGAGGUGGCCACCGUGGGGCCCUUAUUGCCUUGGCUGCCAGGAGCCCCUCUGCCCUUCUUAUUCGGUAACUAAACCUUGUCCUUCCCCGUGUUUGGGGAGCAGGAAGCCAGCAGCAUAGUAGAAGCUGUCCCUAUAGGGCCUUGACCCAGGCCUCCAACUCAGCAGCGACCGUAGCUGUGGUCCCCAAGGCCUCCGUAUUUGAGCAUGUUUAUAUUUUUAUAUCUAAACUUUCUGCUUAAAA